AUGCCGGUGCUGCCGCUGUGGGACCUGCUGGAGGAGGAGGGCAUGGAGCAAAUCUUCUUCCCCCCCUCUCCCAACCCAAUGGUGUACUACAGAUGCAUUUUUGCAAAUGUAAGCUUGAAACUCAAUGUCAGGCAAGCCAAAAGUGCACCCCAGAGAGCCAGGGGGAGCAGUCAUCCAGAAACACGGUACUACGGAUGGGCUGAGAGCAGGCGUCCUGCCCGGCCCCUGCCCGCGUGCUUGCCCCGCGCACGCGGCCCGCGGUCCCGGCAGGCCAGGCAGCCGUGUCCUAGGUGUGUGCCCCAGUCGCCAAGGCCCAGUGGACCUCCGUGGGCACCAAAGGCUCCUUUGGGACGACGCUUCCUUUGCAGAUACCUAGCGCUUUUGCGGACGAAUUGUCAAGGUGGGCCCAGAGGGUCCCAAGGCCGUGCUUGUGCCCCCUUCCUGCAUGGCCUGAUCUCCCAGCGUCAGAUUCACUGCUCUAGUGAAUGUUUCUUUAACUGGCGAGGCAGCCCUGAGAGUGGGAAGAACCUGACACCAGCAGAGCCAGAUCAUGGAGCAAAUCAACGGUCUCCAGUCCCUGCACCGAGGGGCAAGAAAGCACCGAGGAACAUAACGCGGUGGAGAUCGUUUUAUUUCCCAGGACUCCAGGGAGGUAAAGUAACACAGGCACAUACUUCGGUGAACCAGCUGAAACGGGUGGAGGUGGUGAGACCUCCCCAACUCCCUUGCCUGAUCACAACAGGAAGUUACAAGAAAUAAGUCACAGAAACCAGAAAACAGGACCUGCCCGUUAGUAGCAUAUUGUCUCUUGUCUCAGAACUGUGAACCCACACUUGUAAUACUCUAUCACAUGAUGCCGGACCGAGACUCUGAAAAUCCCUUCCGCCUCGGCCAGCUGGCUCCCUGUUAACUUGUGCUCAUAGGGAAGGGGUUUGCCAGAGGGGCACAGGAGGG